GGUAAAUCGAAGGACCGUUUUGAAGAAAGGCGUUAGACUAGUUCAGAGAAGAAGAUUCCUGCGCAUGCGUAACGUAAGAAAGUCAAGACCACAGACACGUUACAACUAGGAAGAUUAAUUAAUACCAUUUUAUUUGUUUUCUUUGAUAUUCUAUAAAGGAGAAAAAUAAUUAAAUGUAAGAACAGGCUGAUGUUGAUUGACUGUAAUGUGAAAGCUGUUACAAGGAUAAUAACUAUCAAUAGUAAUAAAAAUGAAUAGAAGGCAUGGUGGACGAGAUCGAAGGCCCAAUUAUGGAGGAGAUGGACUCUUGGGUGAAGGGCCUGGUUAUGGUGGUGGCAUGUAUGACCCGAUGGUUAGUACACAGAUGAACCAGCUGAUGCUCGCUCAACAGUUACUUCAGCAGCAAGCAGCCUUGGGCAGUGGAGCUUUCGGAGCUGGUGAUUUAGGAGCACUGGCCAUGGGGAACAUGGGCUUUAUGCAGCAUCAAGGAAUGGGCUACGGUGGCGGUCUUGGCAUGAGAAAUGAUAGGAAACGGGUAGGCGGACAAAGCAGAGAUAUGGACUUUAAAAGAAGAAGACGUGACUCUUCGGGGAGAGGUGGUGAUCGGGAUAGGUCUCGAGGCCGUGACGGCAACAGGAGCAGUGAUGGUCGAGAUCGAAAUCAUUCUAGUCGUUCGGACUCAGAGAAAAAUCGCAGCAGAGAGGAAGAUUAUGACCCUGCGGAGCCAACAGAAGAUGAGGAGGGUAAGGACAAGGACAGUAACUUGUAUUGCCAUGUGUGCAAUGUGUCUGUCUAUGAUGAUGAAAGUUUCAGAAGACAUCUGAAUGGUACCAAGCAUACACAGCGCAUGAACAGUGUGCUAACUGUGCACCAGAUGAAGAGCAAUCAGCUCAAGUCCAGGCUCAAAGCUGAGGAACAUCUGAGAAAAAUUGAGGGCAAAAGAGGAGGCUAUGAUCCAAACUUCUUCUGUAAAAUUUGCAAUAAUAGUUUGACUAUUCCAUGGGAGAGGCACAGAUUUUCAAAUAUCCACAAGCAAAGACAGCUUCAGGUUAAAAGAGGCUGUGGCUGGUGCAAAGUUCAUGAUUUUACUAACUUCACGGAAGUUUUAGAACAUCGGGAGACAGAGGAGCACAAGAAAAAUGCAGAGAUUUAUGGUAAGAAGAAAGAUGAAAAAGACAGCGAGAGAUCUAGAAGUAGAAGCCGAGAACGAAGAUCUGAUAAACACAGGAAGAGCAGCUCAUCACGAGAUAGGUCAAGGAAAGAUAAGGAUAGAAAGCAAAGAGAUAAGAAAAGACAAGAGGAAGAUGAGGAAGAUUUGACCAUCCCAGAAUACAAUGCGGAGAAUCCUGUCGGUUUGAACUACAUUAUUCCUGUCACUGGCUUCUUUUGUAAACUCUGCCACAAGUUUUAUAACAAUGAAAAGUCUGCUAAAGGAGCUCACUGUCAGAGUGAAACACAUUAUGAGAAAUUCAAAGAAGCCACUGAAGUUAAAAUAGCUGCUCGAGAAAAGCGUAAAGCUGAAGAAGCAGCACAGGAGGAAGAAAGAAAGGCCCAGGAAGAGGAGGCUAAAAAGAACAAAGAGGGGGCUGAAGAAGAGAUGAAGGAGGAAGUGAAAGAAGAUGUUGCAGAGGAUAAAGAUGAGUUUAAGAAGGAUAUUAAUACAGAAGAUGAGUUUGAAGAAAACUAUGAUGAUCCACUUCCUCUUGAAGAUGUGGACAAUGAUGGUGGUUUGGCCAAGGAUGAUGAUUAUGGCUUGCUGGAUGAUGAUGAAGCCAAUGUAACAGUUUCUGAUGCUGAUGUGAAUGAGGAAAUGGAUGUCAACUCUAAUUCUGCUUUCUUAUCUGGAGAUGGUGCAGACGGGGAAGCUGACAAAGAGCAUUUUGAGUCUAUGGAAGAUGGUGAGUCUCGUCAUGAUGUCAGCACUGAAGAAAUAGUCAAAGAAGGACAGGAAACAGUAACUGAUGUAUCAGGGUUAGAAGAAAAAGAAGAGGAUGUUUCCAUUGUCAUCACAGAAGAUGAUGAUGACAGCUCUGCUCCAGUGGCAGAACCAGUUAAAGCAGCUGGAAAAAGUAGGGGGACUGCCAGGCGUGGCAGGGGACGUGGGAAAGCUAAAAAGUAACGCUCCUUUCCUCAAAAUUUAAACAUUAAUUUUGCCUCUCUCUCUUUUUUUUUUUAACACUGCUUUUAAUUUUUCUAUCUUUUUGUACUGAAACAAAAAAAAUAUUUUGAAGGGGUUGAUACUGGACAGAGGCUAAACAAAAAAACUUUCUUUAUUAAGCCUUGUCUUUAUAUUGUGUUACAAUUUUUUUUUUUCAUUGAUGGCUAUAGGUGUUCAUCUUCAAGGUAUUUAAACUUAAGAGAAUUUAGCGGGUUGUUAAAUUUGUAAGCUAUAAAAAAAUUGAGUGUGUGCGUGUGUGUUUUUUUUUUUUUUUUGUCUUUCAUUUAAUAACAUUUGCUUAUGUAUAUUUAAAAAUCUACCUUUCCCUAUCCUUGAUGUUAUUGUAAAGUGGUAUUGUUAGUUAGUCAUAUUUGGUUGCUAAUUUGAUGUAUUAUUUAGGACCCUAAAAUUACCUACUUUUGUUCUAAUCGAGCAUUGGUUACAGAAUUAACACUCAUUUUGCUGCUGUUGUUUUUUUUUAUACGUUUGCUCUAUUUUUAUAAAGAUGCAUAAAAAAACACCAUCAUAGAACAUUUUUGUUUAAUGUUAGUAUUACAAUGCCUAUGGAUAUUCACAAUUGAAACAACUUUUUUGAUUUUACCACAAGUUUUGUGGAAGAUUGAAUGGUGUUUGGUGAAGUCUUAAGCGCUUUGCUUUCCCUUUUUUUUUUCUUUUUAAAUGUUUCUUUAUUGACAAAAGAAUAUUUUGAACAAAAAGAAAAACUGCUCUGUAAUUUCAUUCCAUUGUUGUUUAAUAUUCUCAGAAUGAUUAAUCAAACAUUUUAAAUGUUCAACUGUAGAAUGUCUAUGUAUCUAAUUGAUGCACUGUGUUAGUGAUUUCAAACCUUUUUGAAUCACAACUCGAUAGUCAUCCACAAACCCCAAACAUGUUGCCCAUAUCUACAAAAGAAAAAACAAAUCUUUGCAACCACAUUUAUAUGUUGCAAAUCAUGGGUUGAGAAUCACAACCAUUUGUAUUUGUGACCAUUGUCAAGUGAAUUACCUUGACUAAAGUUGUUGUUAAUGUUGUACUGUUACUUCAAACCCUAUAGUCUUUAUUCUAUUUGUAAUGCUAAAGGUUUUGUUGUUUUAUUUUUUUAACAUUAGUUCACACAAAUUUUUUUUUUGAUAAAUAAAAUUUAAUUUUUAACCUA